AUGUCGUCUAGAAACCUUACGGCGCGGUCCCCUCAUGUUGAGGCCAACUCGAAUUCUAGCGAUAGUGAGCCCACAGAUCCGUUCAACAACGAGUAUGAGAUGCAAAGCUACGACGACUCAUCUAACGGGUCUAAGAAUUUGGCUAAUGACGACAGACAGCGACUUUUGAAUUACAAUUCAAGCUUUCAGAACUCAUCUGCUUCUAUAGUGAAUCCGUUCAGCUCUUCCAACAAUGUUUCUGGGUCUCAUAGUGGCUCUGGUCUUGGCAUCAGUGCCACGGGUGCUACUGGUAUUACUGCUGCUGGUGUCGCUGGUGCCGCUGGUGCUGCCGGUGCUGCUUCUGCUGCCGGUGCUGCUUCAGAAUUCGACCGUUACCCUCAGGGCCUAACGGGUUCUAGAGUUACUUCAAUGCAGUCACUGGCCUCCAAAUCAACUGCGCCCCAUGUUCAUGGCCAGUAUUCAUCCUCAUCCGCAUCAAACUCCUCAGAGAAGUCCUCGUCCAGUCCAUUCAUCGUAGACUCCGAUUUCUCGCCCUUUGGGGGCUAUCCGGCGUCGUCCUUUCCUCUCCAUAUAGAUGAAAAAGAGGAGGACGACUACCUUCAUAACCCCGAUCCAAUUGCCGAUGCCGAGUAUGAUAAACAUCGGUUCUGGUACGACUUGAAGAGUAUGGACAAAAGAUCUGCUUUUGGUUUGACUGGAAUCGUCUUUUUCGGCCUAGCUUUAAUAGCUGUCAUGAUUAUCCUUCCUGUCAUCACCUAUUCUGGUGCCACAGAUCACGUAAAGUACGUUCCUGAGACAUACGUGCGACUUACAGAUUAUGUUUAUCCUCAACUAAGUGCCAUACGAACUUCGCUAAUUGACCCAGAUACCCCCAAAGAUGCCUACACUAGAGAGGCCAAAGACGGUUCUGCCUGGAAGCUUGUUUUCAGCGAUGAAUUUGCCACUGAAGGUCGUACUUUCUAUGAUGGUGAUGACCAGUUCUGGUAUGCUCCUGACUUUCAUUAUGAUGCUACCAAGGACUUGGAAUGGUAUGAUCCUGACGCCGUCACUACUGCCAACGGUACAGUCCAAUUUCGCCUGGAUGCCUUUAAAAAUCAUGACUUAUUUUACAGAUCCGGUAUGCUUCACUCAUGGAACAGAAUGUGUUUUACACAGGGUGUUCUCGAGUCCAGUCUGCAGCUCCCAGGUUAUGGUAACGUGUCCGGUUUGUGGCCCGGUCUGUGGUCUAUGGGAAAUUUGGGUAGGCCAGGUUAUAUGGCUACUACAGACGGUGUGUGGCCUUAUUCCUACGAUUCUUGUGAUGCCGGUAUCACAGCAAAUCAGUCUUCCCCGGAUGGAAUUUCCUACCUUGGCGGUCAGAGACUCAAUGCUUGCACCUGCAAAGGUGAAGAUCAUCCCAACAGGGGUGUGGGAAGAGGUGCUCCCGAAAUCGAUGUUAUAGAGGCAGAAGUCGACACUACUUUGAAGGUCGGCGUGGCCUCACAGUCUCUUCAAAUUGCCCCCAUGGAUAUCUGGUACAUUCCAGAUUACAACUGGCUCGAGAUCUAUAAUGAAUCAGUUACCACUAUGAACUCUUAUACGGGAGGUCCAUAUCAGCAGGCCGUUUCUGCGGUUACUACUUUGAACACAAAGUGGUAUGAGUCUGGUUCGGGAGAUAGAUAUUUUCAGAAAUAUGCUUUUGAAUACCUCAAUGAUGACGAUAGCGGGUAUAUUCGGUGGUUUGUGGGAGAGGAUCCUACACUUACUAUGCACGCCAAGGCUCUUGCUCCUAAUGGUAAUAUUGGCUGGAGAAGAAUCUCCAAAGAGCCGAUGUCUAUGGUUAUGAAUUUGGGUAUAUCCAACAAUUGGGCCUAUAUUAAUUGGCCUUCCAUCGACUUUCCUAUUACAAUGCAGGUUGACUAUGUGAGAGUGUAUCAGCCUAACGACUCUGUUUCGGUAACUUGUGAUCCUUCUGGAUAUCCUACGUAUGACUACAUCGAGGACCAUCCAAGGGCAUACGAUGUGUGGAAUUACACGACCUGGACCGCUGCCAAGUAUGAUGUUCCCAAGAACAAGUUGGUCAAUGGUUGUUAG